AUGGCUGGUAAAUCUUUGCCUUUCGAAUCCCUUUUAUCAUUUUUUUCAAGAAUACUUCUAAGAAGGUUAAGAAAAUCACCACAUCUUCAUAGAAAGGUGAGUAUUAACACUACACAAGCAAAGUUAAGGAAAUAUCCUUCACUAAGUCAAAGAUCUGUUGAUCAAGUUGUAUCCAAGAACCAAACUUUGAUCUUUGAUAUGGAAGGAUCACUAUUGAAAUCUUCAUCAAUGUUUCCUUACUUCAUGUUAGUAGCAUUUGAAGCUAGUGGUAUAUUCAGGGCACUGCUUUUGUUACUAAUGUACCCUAUCAUGUGUUUAGUUGAUGAAGAAAUGAGUCUAUCAAUCAUGGUUAUGGUUUGUUUCUUUGGUAUUAAAGAAAAAAGCUUCAGAGCUGGUAGAGCUGUUUUACCCAAGUUUUUCUUAGAAGAUGUUGGACUUGAAGGGUUUGGUGUUUUAAUGAGAGGAGGUAAAAAAGUGGGUGUUAGUGAUUUCCCAAGAGUAAUGGUGGAAAGUUUUCUUAAAGAGUAUUUGGAGAUCGAUGUUGUUGUUGGCAGAGAGUUGAAAACUUUCUAUGGGUAUUAUCUUGGUUUAAUGCAAGAUAAGAAGAAAUCCAGUGGUCUUGUUUUUGAUGAAAUCUUUGGUACUCAUGAAGAUAGAUUGAUGAUGGGCAACAAUGUUAUUGGCAUUGGAAGUUUCAAUAAACCUAUGGAUCAUCACUUGUUCUCUCAUUGCAAGGAUAUCUACUAUGUGAGUGAAGCAGACAAGAGGAGCUGGCAAUAUCUGACAAGGGAUAAAUACCCAAAGCCUCUUAUUUUCCAUGAUGGUAGAUUGGUUCUCAAACCUACCCCACUUAAUUCCUUAGCUGUAUUCAUGUGGGAUCCAUUUGGUUUCUUCCUUGCUAUAAUCAGAGGCAUCAUUGGUGUUGCAUUACCCUAUAGGGUUGGAGGUCCUCUUUUAGCCCUUCUUGGUUUGAGACUUAACUUAUCAAGACCAAAUUCAAUGCCAUCUUCAACCACCAACAACAAUCAAAAUGGUCAACAGCAGAAGAAGAAAAAAGGUGUUCUUUAUGUGUGCAACCAUAGAACUUUACUAGACCCACUUUACUUAUCAGCAGCAUUAUGUACACCCAUAACUGCUAUUACAUACAGCUUAAGUAGACUAUCUGAAAUUUUGUCACCCAUCAAGACAGUGAGAUUUACGAGAGACAGGGUUAAAGAUGCAAAUAUGAUGGAAAAAUUAUUAAGUCAAGGUGAUCUCAUUGUUUGCCCUGAAGGUACUACAUGCAGAGAGCCAUAUCUACUUAGAUUCAGUCCUCUAUUUGCUGAAAUGAGUGAUCAAAUUGUACCUGUUGCUAUGGAUGCUCAUGUUAGUAUGUUCUAUGGAACUACUGCUGGUGGUCUGAAAUGUUUAGACCCACUUUUCUUCUUGAUGAACCCGCAUCCAUAUUACACUGUCCGGUUACUCGACACAGUUGCCGGUGCAUCAUCGCCGUUAUCACUGUCGACCUGCAAGAAUCAAAAUGCUGAACAUGAAGCAUCAAAAUUUAAAAUAGCUAACCAUGUUCAGGAGGAACUUGGUAAAGCAUUAGGGUUCGAAUGUACUAAACUUACUAGAAAAGAUAAGUACUUGAUAUUGGCAGGGAAUGAAGGAAUAGUCAAACAUCAAUGA